AUGGGUGUUGGCGGCGGCGGUUUGGAAACAAAGAGUAUCAUGUCAUUGUGGACCGUGGCACACGCGCUUAGGCCACUGAGGCUUGGACCGAGCUGGAAGUACGCAUCCACAUUGAGUUCAUUUCCAAAAACACUGUCCUUGAUUCAACGAUGCUUCUGCCUGAGGUGA